AUGAUCAUUGAAGGUUGCGACGUUCCGUUGUGCGAUACGAUCCGCCCGGAGAAUGAGGAGAACUGCUUCCCAUACUCCUUCAAGGAGAAGAAGAAAGAGCUCCUGCCUAAGGGCUGGCAAAAAACCCUUCGGAGCCGACCCCUUCCUAGCGAGCUCAUAUACGAGGUUAAUGAAGAGAUGAGACACUCGGAUGGCGUCAAGAUUUACUACGGAAUCUGUCGCCCGAACACGGUGGAGAAGGUUCCUGCUCUUCUUGCUCUGAGUCCUUACGGCAAAGGAGGUAUUAACGGGUUUCUCAACUACGAGCUUCUACCGUACAGAGUCGGGGUACAAGAAGAGAUGCUUUCGGGCCUGGAAAAGUUUGAGUCCGUUGACCCGGCAGAGUGGGUUUCUCGAGGUUACGCCGUUGUUAAUGUCGAUAUCCGUGGAUCUUGGGAUUCUGAGGGAGACCUCUAUAUUGAGGGAAUGGCGGCUGACCUUCCUAACGUCUUCCAAGGACGAGACGCUGCUGAGAUUGUUGAACACGUUGCUGCCCUGCCUUGGUGCUCUGGCUCCAUCGGCAUGCAGGGCAACUCCUGGCUCGCGGCAGUGCAAUGGAGUACUGCGGUGGUGGCGCCCCCCGCCCUUAAAGCUAUCGCACCGUGGGAGGGCUUCACGGAUAAGUAUCGCGAAGUCGCCUGUAGAGGUGGUAUUGCUGACGCGACGUUCCUCAACCUGAUAUAUAACGGGACGUUUCGCGGCCGAAGUAAGCGAGAAGAUAUCUUCGCAGCAGCACAGAAGUGGCCUUUAAUAAACCCCUACUGGGAGGACAAGGUGAUCAAGACGGAGAAAAUCACGAUCCCAAUCUAUGCUGUUACUAGCUAUAGCUCGGGAAUCCACGGUUAUGGCACAAUCCAGGGCUUCCGGAAAGCUAAAAGUAAGAAGAAGUGGCUACGGAUCCAUGCUACCCAGGAGUGGUUUGAUAUUUAUCGAAAGGAUAUGACCGAUGAGCUGCAAGCCUUCUUCGAUCGAUAUCUCAAGGGGGUUGAGAACGAUUGGGAAAAGACGGACCCCGUUCGCGUAUCUAUCUUGACUUGCGGAGAUCGUUUUGGACCGACUGAGUAUAAGAAGCUCUAUUUAACAAAGGAUAACCUAUCUCUCUACCACCCUCCAGCAAGCGGUAUCACGUCGUACCAGUCGGACGAUCGCAGCUCUGCAGUAGAGCUUGUCUAUACCUUCAACACUACAACCACUUUGAUGGGAUUCUCUAAGGCCAAGCUGUGGCUUUCCUGUGAUGACACAGACGAUAUGGACAUCCAUCUCAGUCUGAGAAAGGUCAGUAAGUCGGGAAGAGUGCUCGACCAUAUCAACAUUCCAUGGUCCGCAAUCCCACGGAACGACAGCACUCACGAUGAUGUAGUCAGCACCAAUGUUAUUAAGAGCACCGGACCUCACGGCCUACUUCGCGUGUCCCACCGAGCCGUGGAUCGGUCGAAACAGGAUUCCAUUAUGCCCUACCACCCUCACGAGAAGAUUGAAAAAGUCCAGCCGGGUGAGAUCGUUCCCGUCGAGAUUGGAAUCUGGCCGAUUGGGCUCAAGCUCUAUGAGGGGGAGGGGCUCAUGCUACGCGUGCGCGGGAGCAAGGAUGCGUACUGGGAGAUUCCAAAUCUCCAGAAGAGCACUAUCUUUGGCAUAAACAAGGGGAAGCACCACAUUCAUUUUGGAGGAAUGUAUGACUCGUAUGUUGCUGUGCCGUUCAUUCCGAACGUUUGA